AUGGAAUGGGCGGCGGUAGUUGUCUCCUGGUUAGGAGCACAUCUACCAGGAUUCAUCAACCCCUCUAGCCCCAAUAUCGGCGGUAAUAUCGGAACCGCGCUGAUCUUGCGGGCCGUCCGCUGCUUCAUCCAACCACGGAGUCAAUACUCUGAAUUCGGCAUCCCCCGAGAAGUGCCCGAGAAUCCAAAUGGUCGCGCGGAGAGCGUCUCACCACUCAUCUUCGUCAAAGGGAUCCGCGAGCUGGGUUACGGUAUUGCUCUAGUCAGCCUGCAGAGGCUGCACGACGAAGCCGGACUGGGUCUUUUACUAUGGAUCGGGGCGUUUAUGAGUCUGGCGGAUGCGGGUGUUGUGCUUAUUUUUGGAAGGAGGAAUUACCAGAUGGUUGUCUUUCAUCUGCUAUUUGGGCUCUAUCAGGGGGCUGCCUGGUGGAUUCGGACGGCGGAUGGGCGUGGGAAAAAAGGGGCAGGCGGUUAG